GGCUGUCCCCGCCCCUCAGGGCUCCAGCCCCCGAGCCAAAGGCGUUCCUGGGAGCGAGCCGGCUCCGGGGGGCAGCGGGAGGGGUGGUGGGACCGCGGGCAAGGAGCGAGCCGGGUGCGGAGGGGGAGCCCGGGCAGGUGGCUUGGGGCGCAGAGAGCUCCGGGGCAGGCUCCUCUCCUGCCUGCGGCGGAGCAGCCUUCGCAACUUUGAAUCCCCACUGAUGUAUGAAGUCUCAGAGCACCAAGUCAGCGGCACAGACAGUUCAGAAAGCAGUUUGGGGAGCUCUGUCACAGCAUGUAAGAAGGUUCUCUGCAGCAACAGUCUACUAGAGUCAACUGACUACUGGCUACAGAAUCAGAGGACACCAUGCCGAAUUGGCUUUGUGGAAGACAAAUCAGAAAACAAAUGUGCUUCAGUUUGCUUUGUGAAUCUAGAUGCAAACAAAGAUGAUUGCAGUGAUGAGCACUUAAAACAGAGAUUGAUCAGUGUCUCUCCAAAUCUCCCAAAACUUAUCAGCUCUAUGAAUGUACAACCACCAAAAGAAAAUGAAAUAGUCCUGCUAAGCGGAUUAACUUCAGGAAACCUUCAGGCUGAUUUUGAAGUUUCCCAGUGUCCUUGGCUGGCAGAUGUAUGUUUGGUUCAGUGUGCCAGGGGAAACAGAAAAAACAGCAUAGGCUGCAUCAUCUUUGAAAUAAACAAGUUUCUGAUUGGACUGGAGCUUGUGCAGGAGAGACAGCUGCAGAUAGAAACUAAUAUCUUAAAGCCUGAGGAUGAUACAAACUGUUCAGUGUCCUCAAUAGAAGAAGAUUUUCUCACAGCAUCUGAGCACCUUGAAGAUGAGAAUGAGGCUGAUGAAUAUAAAAAUGGUCAUGAAAAUUUACAUGUCACAGAACCUGCAUCAGAUAUCAGAAAGCCUAAAGGAAAGGGACUUGAGAACCUACACUAUAGGAAGACCACGUUGCCAUUUGCCCUUGAUGACAACUGCUUUAAUAAAGAAAACUUAGCUUCUGCUAAAAACUCUGCUGAUUCAGAAGAAGCGCUGAAUAUUGUGGCUGAAGACAGCAUCUUACAAACUGUGGAUAAGUCCAUCCAGCAACUACAGUGGAAGAAUGGAUUAGCUGGAAGAGUUAGGUCAUCCCCUAAUACUAAUAGUCUGGAAAGAUCCCUUACAGACAAGGCUGAAAAUUCCUAUCCAGUGUGCACUUCAGAAGGUGUAUCUUUGACCAGAAUGACUAAGGAAGAACUAGCUUCUCAGUGUGACACAAUAUCAAAACAAAACAAUAAGCUAGACACAGAAGAGCGUACAAGUGAAAGGAAACCUCAUCCUCCUUUGCAAAAUGAACAAGCAACAACAGGUCAAUAUGCUACAAAUUUAGCAGAGUCUGUUCUGCAAGAUGCAUUUAUUAGAUUGUCCCAAUCUCAACCCACUUUUACCAAGGAGGCUGCUAUUAGCAUCUCUGUAGGAAACUCCUUAAAUUCAGCAACUUGUACAACAGAAGACAUAACGUCCCGAUCAUGGAAUGAACUUCCAAAAAUUGUCAUAGUUCAAAGCCCAGACAGCUGUGAAAAUACAUCAGAAUGGCCUGGGUCUGGUUUCCCAAAUCUGUGCCAUUGGUCUGAAUCAGAAAGUUCUGCUGAAAUUUCAGAUUACCUGCAGGAAGAGAAUUCCAAAGGACACACCCAGAGUGCACUGGAAGUAGCUUUGGCUUGUGCAGCCACAGUUAUUGGAACCAUUUCAAGCCCCCACGCUACAGAAAGACUCAAAAGAGAACAAGAAGCCACAGACUCUAAAAGCAAAACAGUUGAUAAUGAAGAGGAACAGAUAAAAUCUUCACAAGUACUUGAUAACUGUGCAGAUACAGAAUAUUCAUUUCCAUCUGCUUUGUGUGGCAUGACUCAAGUAGCAAGUGCUGUAGCAGUCUGUGGUCUUGGUGAAACAAAGGAAGAUAAAUACCCUGCAACUUCAAGUGGACUCUUAUCUGCAGCUGAGACUUCUGCAGCUAUUACUCUUCAUUGUAGUAUAGCCAUAGGAAGCAGCAUGGAGAAAUUGAACAAAAGCAUUGCAGAGACAUUGCUCAAAGAGGCAUCCAUGAUUUUGACAAAGCCCAAUACAUAUAGAAAUGUAGGGGACUUUAUGGAAUCCAUAAAUGGAAGAAUUAUUGAAACAGCAACAAGGCCCCGGAUUUCACCCUUGGAUGAAGUAAUUUGCGAUGAACUCGCACAAAAUGUAUCAAAUGUUAUUCUGCGGCAUUCUGUGGAAGAGGUUAGGAAGAAAAGACAGCUACACCCCGGUUCAGACAAGAACUCAGACUUCAGUACACACAACAUGUUUAUGGCGACUGCCAAUGAACUGCUUUUUAACGUGAUAUAUUUCACUUGCAAGAAGAUGAGAGAUAUUGCACAGGUUGGGGAGUGUUCACCUCUCUUCUCCGAGGACAAAGACAGAUGGAGGGUAACAGAAACAGAAAGCCAAGGAACACAGACAACAGCUACUGAACCAUCACAGCAAGCCCCAGAUCACACCAAUGAACCAUUUAGUACUUUUUACAGUGCUAAUGCUGGCAAAGAUCUUGUAAAUUUGACAAAUACAAAGAAAGAUAAGGAGGAAGGGGUGUCAAAUACCAUGGAAAGUGCCACACUGCGUUCAGACUUGCUGUGUAGUGUCAGUGGGCAUAACUCACUGGUUGCAAAAACAUCCCCCAAGAAAAGAUAUCUGAAAAGAGCCACAAGAGAUUGCUACAGACCCCCAUAUCAAAGCAAGAAAGACCUCCGGUCUUUUUCAGACAGGGAAAACACACUUACAGUCAAUGAAUGCAGACAUGGUGUUCAAGAGCAGUUAUCUUCUGAUGCCAUUGUGAACACAGCAAACCAGAGCAAACACAAGUGUGAUGCUUUGCUAAAUAAUGAAGUCCAAGUUAGUGUGUCUUUGUUAGGUAAUCACAUCUUGCUUCCUUCUCAGCCUGUGCUACAGGUAAAACAUCCAAGGGAUACAUACUGUGUAACAGAUUUUGCAGAAGAAUUAGCAGAAACCGUGGUCUCUAUGGCAACAGAAAUAGCUGCCAUUUGUCUUGAAAACUCAAACGGUAAGCAACCCUGGUUCUGUGCAUGGAAAAGAGGAAAUGAAUAUCUGGUGACCCAGAGUUUAUCAUGCAGAACUAUAAAAAGAAAGAAGGAAUCACAGCCCAAUGGCUCAGUUGUUAGGAAGCACAGGCCACCUAGGCUUAGUGAGAUCAAAAGGAAAACAGAUGAGCAUCCUGAACUAAAGGAAAGACUGAUGAACAGAGUAGUGGAUGAAUCCAUCAACCUUGAAGAUACUCCAGAGUCUGUCAGCAUCUUUGCAAAUGAAGUGGCUGCUAAAAUUAUGAACCUAACCGAGCUAUCCAUGGUUGAUAAUGUCUGGCAGGGUCCAAACCAUCCCAGAAACAGAUUGCACUGUGAAAGAUGGGGCCGGGCAAAGGGGUCCAGCUGUGAGAGCAUACCAGAAGAGGAUUCGGAUUCCAAAGGGUCUGUAAAUACUUUGGGCCCAAUGAACAUUUUAGGUCAGCCGGGAAGCCAGACUAGUUCUGUCUCUAAGCAGUCUAGUUGUGAAAGUAUUACAGAUGAAUUUUCAAGAUUUAUGGUGAACCAGAUGGAAAAUGAAGGGAGAGGGUUUGAUUUAUUACUGGACUACUAUGCAGGAAAAAACGCAAGCAGCAUUCUAACUUCUGCCUUGCAACAGGUUGCCAGGAAAAAUGGCCACCUCAACGUGAGACCAAGCUGCCCAUCCAAACAGUCUAGCACAGAAAGCAUCACAGAAGAGUUUUAUAGGUAUAUGCUAAGGGAAAUAGAAAAGGAAAAUAAAGAUGACGCUUCUUCCAUCAGGAGUUCAAGGGAGUGGAGUGGCAGCUUGUUACCACCUUCUCCACGAUCACCGUUUUGUUUUAGACAAUCCUCUAUGCCUGACAGCAGAUCAUCAGGUUCCAGGCUAACAGUGAGUGCACCAGUCAAAGCAAAAUCAUUAGAUGGCUUUGCUCACAACAGCCACCGGGAUUCCUUAAGCAUACAGCAGGUCAACACUGUGUCUUCUUUGGGUCUUUGCAAGUCGGACUCAUGCCUAUACCAAAGAUGUAGCACUGACCAGGUAACAGACAUGCUGAUUCAUGAGACAUGGGCAAGCUCAAUUGAAUCUCUAAUGCGUAAGAACAAGAUUAUAGGGGAUGAGGCAGAGGUUACAGAUGCUGAUCAAUUCCCCAGUGAUUCCCCACUGCAUGUAGAACAAUAUGCAAACAGACUGGCUGCAAAUAUUGUUGAAAGUGGGAAAACGUUAAUUGUCGUCCAUCAAGAUUCCUUUGACUAUACAAACCAGGAACGUGUAGCGGAAGGCAGAUCUCUCCCAAGUGUGACUCAAAGUCAGUCUAACCCCACAAGGGACAGAAUAAAUUUAGAUGGAAAAAAAGAACAACUCACAACCCAUGGAUCCCUCCAGGGAAGCCAAAUAGGCUCCUCUGCUUUCCUAAGGGAAGUGCCUUUGAUUCAGAUAGAAACUGAUCAAAGAGAAGAGCUGAAUAAAGACUUAGAGCCCUUAACUUCUAGUAUCAUCCCCGCUGGGGAAACAAAGGAGCAUCUAAACAAAGAAAAACCUCCAGCAGCAUAUUCUGGGAAGCACAUGGUUUCAAGCUCCAUGAUAAAUACCAGUGUUGAUACUAGAAGCAAACCAGAUGCUGAACUCAUGGUGGAAACAAAAACAGCUGAAGACUUUCCAAACCCUCUCAACAGCAGCGAUGAAAGCACAGGCAGCUGGUCCCAGCUCGUUAAUGAUGAGGACAAUCCUGAUGAUACAAGUAGCUACUUGCAACUCAGUGAGAGAUCCAUGAGCAAUGGCAACAGCAGUACCACUAGCAGUCUUGGCAUUAUGGACCUGGAAAUUUAUCAGGAAAACAUGCCCUCUUCUCCUAUGAUUAAUGAAUUAGCAGAAGAAAAGGCUUUCCUUAAAGAACAGCCAGAAAACAUAGAGGUGACUCCUUUUUCAGAAAGCACUUCUGGACUAUCAGUGGAAACAGCCAAUUGUCAAAAAGACCUACUGGUGAUAAACUUUGACCUGGAGCCAGAGUGCCCAGAUGCAGAGCUACGAACCACUCUUCAGUGGAUAGCGGCUUCUGAACUUGGAAUACCAACCAUCUAUUUUCAGAGAUCUCAGGAAAACAGAAUUGAAAAGUUUCUAGAUGUCAUGCGGUUAGUUCACCAGAAGUCCUGGAAAGUGGGUGAUAUCUUUCAUGCGCUGGUACAAUACUGCAAGCUACAUGAGGAAAGCAGGGAGAGGACACCUAGCCUCUUUGACUGGCUUCUCGAAUUGGGAUAAGAAACCUCGUAAAUGUUUGGCAUUUUCAUUUUAAUCCAGCUUAAGUGGCAGUGGUUUGUGUAAUGCUCUAAUUUUCAAACGUCAGUGCAUAAAACGAGCAGAGAUAUAGAAACUCUGCGGACAGUGCACACAACUGUACACUGAGCAAAGUGAAAUCAAGAUGCACCAUAUACUGUUAUAUCAUGUGGGAGAACUUUGACAUAUUGUACUUUCGGAUGUACUGUAUUAGGAGAGGAUGGGUGUUUUGCCUUUGAAGUGAAUGGAUAAUAUGAAGGAUGGAUGAAAAUAGGAUAUAUUUCUAUAAUCAAAUAUUCUAUUAAUAUCCUUUAAUUAUUUCAAUCAACUGAAAUGGAAUUAUACACUAACAACAUUCACUUUUUAAAACACUAAUAUGUGUACAGGUUAACUAUUAGAACGCUAGUGUUUUCCAGACGGACAGCCAAAUGAAUGCAUAGGAGGAUGUGCAUCUUUAGAUAAAUAAUAUAGAUAUAGAUAUAUAAGUAUUUUUUAAAAUCCUCACCGUGUCUAAAGGGGUAGAAGACUUUGAGCUAUUAGACCUUUACAGGUAGAUGAUACAAUAACAAGCUGCUGAAAAUGCAUUAUAAUUUUCUCAUGUGAGACCACUUAUUUCUUCUCCAUAGCCUUUCACCAUUCUUGUGUUUUUCUGGAGGAACUCUCAAAUAUUACUCUUUAAAAACAUUCUGAUUCAUUUCCAUUUUAAUCAGAGGCAGUUUGGACCAGUGGAUAAUCAGAAGAUAUGGGUUCUAUCCCAGCUCUGACCUGCUGUGUCACCUUGAGAAAGUCACAGCACCUUUGUGCCUCAGUUUCCCUAUCUGAAAAGGGGGUGAUGACAGUUACUUUCUUAUGAAAGUAUCUUAUGCUUUAAGAUCUAUGGAUAAAGAGCACUAUAUAACAGAUUAUAUAAUUGUUAGUCUAAUUUAAUUGAUUAUUAAAAAGAAAAAUCAACUGAGCAUAAUCCUACCUGAAAAACCGAUUGUAUUGUCAUACACAUAUCUAAACUUUAAUUUUGUUUUUGUUACUUACAAAAAUACAAAAUGAUUCUUAGCACCUAUAAGCAUUUGUUUACCUUAGGGCUACCUGCUCAUUUUGGAUAUAUAUGUUUGGUUAAAAAUGACAGUUCAUGUUAUUACAGUAACAUUGAUAUAACUACAGUAGACUGCUGUUGAGAAGAACAGUUAGUAUUAUAUACGUAAUUAUAAAUUCUCUUGACUCUGCCAAAGAGAUUGGUUUUGAAUUUAAAGGGGAAAAAACAGCUUAUUGCAGCAAAGCUCCUAUUGUUUGAAUUUCACAUAUACUGUGAUUUGCUUCUUUGAAAACACAAACAUUCCUUUUUUGUUUUCCCCUACACUAAAUGAUGUAAGAGAAAUUCUACCUGUAUUUCCCUGAUAAAAUUAUAUGAAAGAGAUCGUUUACUUUCCUUAUAUCAGUAUAUGCUUCUGUAAUUUUUCCUGAAAUAAUUAUCAUUUUGCACUAAAUAUUUUUGAAAAUUUUGAAAUAGUUUUAAAUAAAUUAUGAAAAAGAGCCAUACUAUCAGUGUUAACAUCAUUAAAUCCAUUUCCACCCUCUCACACUCAUUUGUUAGGGAAAAGAUUUGUCAGUGAAUCAUUAUCUAUAUCUAUGUGAUAAAGGUACAUGGCUAACCCUACAUUUACUCUACAGUAUACACAAAACAGUCAAGGUCACUUUAUUGCCAAUAUAAAGGUUGAUCUACUAUAUACACUAAAUUGAACUGUCCAGCUGUUGGGCCUGUUCCUGAGAAGUGUCGAAGGUCCACAGCUCCAAUUGAUGCCAGUGGAAGUUGUGGGUACUCAGCAUCUCGGAGAGGCUGACUGUUAAUAACAUACGUAUUGAGUGUUACAGAUUGAAAGUACUUUGUUUGUUCUAAUAAAUGGGAAAAGGUAUUUAUUUUUAGACUAAAUCCAGUUAGUUGUCAGUAUACGAACUUUUGCUGUGCUAGAAUAAAUGUUUACUUACCCUACAAAGCACAACGAUCAUGACUGGGUUGUAACAGUGUGAUGAAGUUACUUCUGUACAGUAGUUCUUAAUGUUGCAAUCUAAUCAGAAAUAAAUUUGUGUUACAGUA